UACAUACAUACAUAUGUAUGUCCAUAUGUAUGUAACAGGCAGAGGGAAUUAGCAUGACGAUGCAAAUGGAACCGCCCGCCUGUCCGUACAUCAGGAUGAACGCCUGGAUGUCGGAAAAUGUUGAGGCUACAUUAACCAAAUUCGAAUACCAAAUACUUUGCCGAUUCAACAAACGGACACAUAGAUCUUCAAAUCAAAGAGAUCCGUAAUUGGAACUUACCUGCAAAGAUAAAAAAGAAACAACAAAUUUAAAUAGUAUACUUUCGAAGCAAGUACAGUAAAGCACUGUUGGAAACAAGCGAAGAAUCUUAUCGAUGUGGCAGCAUAGGCAAUCAGCUGAAGUGACAUUACAGAAAAACAAAGUAUUGCAAAUUUGAGUUCCAACAACAGUUUAUAAUACUCUUCCAAAUUAUCGUUUGAUCAGGACUUCAUAUCAUAUUAACUCAAUUUUACAAAGCCAAACAAAUAAGUGGGCCAUGUUUCACUUUAGCGGCUUUAAUAUGAUGUUCCCCGACGGUGGACGCAGUUUCCACGCAACAUACAAAUGCUUCUCAGUGUCUAUGCUGCCUGGCAACGAACGCUCCGAUGUUGAGAAAGGUGGCAAAAUCAUUAUGCCGCCUUCGGCACUGGACGCGCUUACACGGCUGAAUGUCGAAUACCCUAUGCUCUUUAAGCUUACAAAUAACAAAAAAUCAAGGGCUUCCCACGCUGGUGUGCUGGAAUUCGUGGCCGAUGAGGGCAAGUGCUAUCUACCGUACUGGAUGAUGGAUAAUCUGUUGCUAGAGGAGGGUGACAUAAUCAGCAUUGAAAGCGUCUCACUACCUGUGGCUACCUUUUCUAAAUUUCAACCACAUAGUACUGACUUUCUGGACAUAACUAACCCUAAAGCAGUCCUAGAAAAUGCGCUGCGUAAUUUCGCCUGUUUGACGAAAGGCGACGUUAUAGCCAUAAAAUACAACAAGAAAGUCUAUGAACUUUGCGUGCUAGAGACAAGGCCGGGUAAUGCCGUAAGCAUAAUUGAAUGUGACAUGAAUGUGGAGUUUGAGGCACCUGUAGGCUACAAGGAUCACCAUGAAGCUCAACCUGAGGCUCAAAUGGAUCAAGGAGCAAGUGGCAGUGAUGCGGCGGCUGGUGGUGCUGUCAUGGAGGAGGUGGUGGAGACCUUUAAGGGCUCCGGUGUACGCCUAGAUGGCAAGAAGAAGAAGGAGAACCAGAUGGAGAUGCCAGUAAUGAAGAAGGUGCUACCACGUGGCGUGCCAGACUACGAAUUUCAGUUUGGCGUCAUCAGAUUUGAUCGUAGCAUAAAGCCCAUAAGCGACCGAGUUAAUGAACAGACGGCCGAUGACGCCGAAGCAGGCUCUGAUGCUGGAAGCUUCCACGGCACUGGUUUCUCAAUGAAGAAGUCCCGCAAAUAGUUAUCUUCAGGUUUUUUAAUUAUUCACAUAUAAGUAAACAACAUUGCGUAGAAUUAGAGCUCACAAAUUUAGA